UGCGCAUGCUCCGUGCGUACAGAGGUCACCGGUGCCGGUGGCUUCUACACGUGCGUAGUGAACUAAGGGCAUCAUGAUUUAGAGAUGGGGGCUCGCGUGACCCGCGCCUUAAGGAACUUCAACGUGGAGAAGCGAGCGGAGCGAGAGAUCAGCAAGAGGAAGCCCUCCAUGGCACCCAAGCACCCUUCUACCCGCGACCUCCUGCAGGAGCACCGGAGUCAGUAUCCAGAAAUCGAAGAAGUUGUUUCUAAAAAAGAUAACAAGCUGCUGUCAUUGCUAAGAGAUGUAUAUGUCGAUUCCAAAGAUCCGGUGCCUGCCUUGCCGGUAAAAGUUGAACCACGACAAGAACCAAAGGAAUUCAGACUGCCGAUAGGAAAUCACUUUGAUAAGAAUAUCACGGACAUUCCCAAAGGCAAGAUUACUGUUGUAGAGGCAUUGACCCUUCUCAAUAACCAUAAACUCUCUCCAGAAACAUGGACUGCUGAGAAAAUCGCUCAAGAGUACUAUUUAGAACUGAAGGAUGUAAAUUCCCUUCUCAAAUAUUUUGUUACUUUUGAAGUCAAAAUCUUACCUCCAGAAGACAGGAAAGCAAUACAAUCAAAAUGAAGAAAAUCACGAAACAACUUCCCCUGUAUGUGUUCCCAAGCUCCGCGCCCUUGUUUUGCGUGUAUUAAAUUAUACAAGUUCCUGUGAGUUGAGGGCCAUAACGUUUGAAAGCUCUUUGACCUCCUCAGGAUUGUUCAUAUAAUUUUUUAAAAAUUUAUGUAUGUGUAGUUCCUGGGUAUAUGUUAGCUGUAUUGAUCAUGUGGCCCAAAUGAGUCAAUAUUAAAUUCCACUUUCUAGUUUAAGUUGGUUUGUUCUUUGUAGUAGACACUGAAAGCAAGAGUCCUCCUGACUCCUAUAAGACUGGCAUUGUGUUAGGGACAGAUAAUCAGCAGGGAAACACAGUGACUAUAUUUCCCAAGUGAAGAAAGAGAGAAAACUGAGUGAAAAGAAAGAAAAAUACAUAUUACUACUCUAGAGAUGAAAAAUCCAUGAGGAUCUUUUUAAUGUUUUAAAUUUGUUUUAAAUAUUAAAUAAUUUUAUAGAAGAAUUAGUGGUAUCUGACAUGCUGGCUGUCUCUCUUUUGACAAAUAGAAAUAGGUAACUUGAAAAGGUUUCUAAGAGCGAGGCAAUACUUAAAGAUUAUUUGAACAAAUAGCUUCUUUAAUUUAGAAGUGAGAGAAGUAUGAAAGAACAGCUAAAAAUAAGAGAAUCCAAUUUGAUAACCAAACAUUCAUACCUGUUUUUAUUUUAGGAGGAAAAAUAACCAGUAGAAGUAUAGAAUAAAUCCCUGAAGGGACCUAGAAAGUUACCAAUUCAUUCACUUAAGCUCUGGAAUGUUACAUUCCAGUAAUAGAAUCUCAGAUAAGGUGAGAUGAGUUUGGCUCAUUCUGGCAUGUUAUACUUGUGGGUUCUUGCCCAUAUUGUUUGACCUCUCUGAAAUUGAAUUUCUAUAAAAGUAUACCUGCCUUAUAUAAAUUCCAGGACAACAAUGAAGAUAAAUGACAAAAGACCAGGCAAAUACAAAGUCUUGUAGUUAAAAUGGGUGUCUACAAAACACACAACAGAGUUACCUGUAGUUUAUGAUGCAAGGAAGCCAGAAUUUAGGUUCUCGAAAUCCUAGUAGUAUUUUUACUUAUUCUGUAAAAUGAAAUACAUUUCAAAAGGACAGAAUGGAGUUGGGGUAACUGGGCUCGUCCAUAUUCUUUCACGGGAACAGACAGACAUACUUGCCUCGAGAUUCCACGGGAAAAGAUGUGGAAGAUGAGAAGAAUCCAGCGAUGAUGGAGGGAGGCAGAUGGAACAGCAAAGAUGGGAGGUGACUGGAGAGUUUGUCAGCUUCUUCAUAUCUAGUUCCAGUGAAGAAACUAUCCCUACUUAUAUGUGAUUCAAUACAGAAGUUUAAGGGAACCUACUAAUUCCAAUCAUUGCUGAUUAUGGUGGAAAGUGCCGUCAAAACCAUCCUCCAUUAAUUCAAAAUGAAUAUGUGAAUCAGCAGUACUGACUCAGGUUUCCUGGGUGGCUAGCAGAUGUAAAUAUGGUUUCUUAACUGGUAUCACACAAUAAAAUCCUUCCAUUUUGCACAUUAGCCCACUUUUCUGGUUUUUUCUUUCAUGUAGAACACCAAUUGUAACGUCACACAAGGUGCAUGAAAUUUACAUUUGGAAAAGCGGAGUUUAGAUGUCGGUUCCUUAACUAGCUGUGUCUGACUUGUCUACAACUAAAGUGCAGUUUAUAUACUGGACACUAACCUAGGUGCCUUACAUGUCUUAGCUUUGUUAGCAUUGUGGUAACAAGCGUGAAGUUAAGAAUGCUUUCCUGGGAAAGUUGCAGCCCGGGAAACUUCAGUAACUACAAAGAUUAGUGGAUACUGAAGAGUAAAUAGAAUAUUUUGUACUGACUACUACACUGGAUUGCCUGUAUGGGAGUUGUAAGAAUUAUGUGAAUUGAUACACGGGUUACCUGAGCACAAAGGGCCAAAACUUCUCAAAUGUCUGCUUCUGUAAGUCCUUUGUAGAGCUCUGGGCUAAUAGAUGACUAAACGCUCUCUGCUAUGAGAGACUGGAUAGCAAGAUUAAAAUCCCUGAAUAAAUGGAUUCUAGAUCAAAGAUGCUCUAAAACUGACCAGUGACUGGUAUUGGGGUCUCACAUUUAUUUUGAAAAGUGAGGAAUGGGAAACUGAAUUUGAAGGAAUGGAAUUGAAUAAGGAGGAGAGGAGAAAAAAACUAGAUUUGGCUUUUGUAAAAAUGAGAGCUGAGAGAGCUGUUCAUGAAGAAGCCUGCAGCAGAAGAGUGGGUGGUUUGGGUAAAGUUCUACUCUAAAGAGAUAGGCUAUCCAAACUUAGGCAUACCAGCAAAACCAACCACUUAGUGUCAAGACACACAUAGAUACACUCAGGUAAGCUCACCCAACCACAAAGACUGUCUCAAAGCCAUUUGAUAUAACAUCUUAGCUUUACCUUUUACUUUUGGAGUGGGUUGGUGUUUGAGGUAAUAUCUUACUGUGUAGGCCAAGCUGUCCUCAAACUCUUUAACCCAGCUGCAGCACCCCUCCCCCCCCAUCCCCCAGUGCUGUCCUUAGCUCCAGUAUGUUAUCAUUUAGUGCCUCAUCACUCUGAAAGAGCUGUGUGUUUGCUCAGGAAUGAACAUCCUUCUUUCCAUAUUUACUCAGUGCACUUAAACACUCAUGAUCUUUGAUCUGAAUCUCUAUAUGAUAAAUAGCUAUUUAAUACAGAGCUUUUUAGUGAUUAAUUCCAGAGACCCUGUCUCCCCCAAUGGUUAGUUACUGGGUAGUGUUAACAAUAAAGCUAGUCAUGGGUUCAGCCUGAUCAUCUUCAUUCACAGUUGCCAUAACUGCCCAGAAUAACACUGCUUUUCAUUGCAAUGAUUGGCUUUUAUUGGUAGAAUUGGAAUGUGUCUGUCUGAUAUAAGCUUGAGAUAACCCAGGUACAUUCUGGUUUGGAUGAAGUCAUUUUUGCUCUGACUACUUUAUAAACUACUGUCAUUCUAACUUAUGGGAAUUCACCAACUCCUGAUGUCAUCCAGGACUGCUUUUGUCAAUCAGUCCCCAAUAAACUGCACUGCAAUCCU